CUCCUCCCUUCCACCUCACACCUUUCUCUCUCUCUCUCUCUCUCUCUCUCUCUCUCUCUCUCUCUCUCCCCCUCUCUCUCUCUUUCUCUGCAAAUUCUGCAUUUAAAUGAGAGCCUUUUAAGCAAAACCCAAGUCUAAGAUUUCAGCACUUUAGCUUUAUUUAUUUAUUUUUAACUGAUAAAGCUAACCAACAAUGGUUCCUAACCAGUCCUUGAACUUGGCCCGUCUUCUUCCUUUUGGCUCCAUUGUCUUUUUCUUCUUCUUCUUAUUCUUAUUUUCUUCAAGUCCAGUCCAUGCCCUUAACAUUGGCGUCCAAGCCUCGGGUACCUCUGUCAGCGUGAAUAAAGCUUGCAGUAAACAAUGCGAAUCGGAAUUUUGCUCAGUUCCUCCAUUUUUGAGAUAUGGGAAGUAUUGCGGUCUCUUAUACAGCGGAUGUCCGGGGCAAAUACCCUGUGAUGGCCUCGAUGCUUGUUGUAUGAAGCACGAUGCCUGUGUGCAGUCCAAGAACAAUGACUAUCUAAGCCAAGAGUGCAGCCAAAACUUCAUAAAUUGCAUGGAGAAUUUCAGAAAAUCCAAAGGGAGAACUUUUAAGGGGAACAAAUGCGAUGUUGAUGAUGUAAUUGAUGUUAUAUCAGUGGUCAUGAAAGCUGCUUUGCUUGCUGGAAGAUAUCUUCAUAAGCCUUGAGAGAGAUUAGACCCAAAAAAAAAAAAAAAAAAAAAAAAAAAAAAAGGAACAGGAAAAAAAAAGAGUUUCUGUUUUUCGUUGCUCUUUUGUUUCUAACUUUCUUUUCAAUUUGUACCUUCUUUUGAUUGAAAACAAGAUGUGCAUUUUAUUUGUCAGUUUUAUUUAAUAUUAGAUAUUCUUUU